CACAUAUAAGUAACCAUCAUCAAUAUAUAUUAGCCCUAUAUCUUUCAAUUUUAGGAAAGAAUUAAAAUGGCUGCUUCUUCUUCAUCAUAUUCUAUGGUCAUAGUUACAGUAGUAGUGGCUUGUCUUGUGCUCUUAAUGAGUAGUUCAUCCUCUGCUCAACUCUCUACCAACUUCUACUCUAAAACUUGUCCCAAUGUUUUUAGUGCUGUAAAAUCUGUGGUUCGUUCUGCUGUCUCCAAGGAAAAGCGCAUGGGUGCUUCCCUCCUUCGCCUCCACUUCCAUGACUGCUUUGUCAAUGGUUGUGAUGGGUCGAUUCUGCUUGAUGACACUUCCUCUUUCAAGGGGGAGAAGACAGCCGGUCCCAACAAUAACUCGGCUAGGGGAUUCAAUGUGAUCGAUGAUAUUAAGUCCAAGGUGGAGCAAGAUUGUCCCGGUGUAGUCUCGUGUGCUGAUAUUGUAGCUAUAGCUGCUCGUGAUUCCGUCGAAUUUCUUGGAGGGCCUAGUUGGAAUGUGAAACUUGGAAGAAGGGACUCCAAAACUGCAAGCUUUUCUGGUGCCAACGGUGGUCGUAUCCCAUCUCCCGUAUCUAGCCUUAGCACCCUCAUCUCUACGUUCCAAGCUGUUGGUCUCUCCACUAAGGACAUGGUUGCUUUAUCUGGAUCACACACAAUUGGACAAGCAAGGUGUGUCCUCUUCAGAGCUCGCGUACAUAAUGAGAGCAACAUAGACAGUUCCUUUGCUACGAAAAGGCAAGGUGGUUGCCCAAGCGCGAGUGGCUCCGGAGACAACAACUUAGCAGCACUGGACCUUCAGUCUCCGACUGCUUUCGACAACAACUACUACAAGAACCUUAUUGGCAAGAAGGGGCUACUUCACUCCGAUCAAGAAUUGUACAACGGUGGAUCAACCAAUUCACUCGUAGAAACCUACAACAAAAACCCCAACACUUUCUCCUCUGAUUUUGCUGCUGCAAUGAUCAAGAUGGGUGAUAUCAGUCCGCUCACCGGAUCCAACGGCCAGAUCAGGAACAACUGCAGGAAGGUCAAUUCAUGAAGAGGCCGGCCCAUGCUUUCUCAUUUUCAAUAAUUUAAGUUUUGGUUUAAGGCAUUUUUUUUCUUUUUCAUUUUCUUUAGCAUAUGGUUUGGAAAUUUGAAAUUUGUCUCUCUUUUUAGAACAGAACUAAGAGUGAUCAAGUGUGCAUUAUUAAAGUUGUGGGCUUAAGCUUUUUGAGUUUUCAUGAUCAAUAAAUGUUUAUUCGGAAAGAAUAUUCGCGUAUAUAUAUAGUAUGAUAGAUUCACUAGUGAAAUACUUCCUUUCUUUACUUUUUGCCUUUGA